UGUGAGAGAGAGGGAGAGACAGAGUAGUGUGUGCGUGCGUGUGUUCGGAGGGAGGGUGUUCCUGUGAUGUAUGGUGUGGGAUGGGGCCACACUCAGAUACAGACAUCCCUCGUCCGCACCUCUACGCAUGUUCUCGCCCACUUUGCAGUUACAACGCGAUAGUAAACGAGGAUGGGAGAUGGAUAACGAGAGAUAGGACAGAUAGCAAUAACAGGAAACUCGACAGCGCUUUCCGUGUUGACCAGCACAGAGAGGAACCAACAGCGAGAGGGUCAGGGUGACAGUAUAGGUUAGAGGAAUAUAGAGCUCAUUUAACAAAGCUUCGGAGUGGAGUUGUUGUCGGUUUCCUAUAGACCACAUGAAUUUGAGAAGUGGAGGGGCAAUGGAUUCCCCUUCUGAUCUGUUCUGUCAGCAGUCAUCCCCAAUGUGCCCUUUCGGCCUUUACCGCAGUCCUUCUGGGAGCGCACCGUCAGCACCUCGCUGCCCAGGAGGUAGCCCACCAACCUACCCCCUCAUGUCCCCUCUGCUACACCCCAACAGCGCCUCUCAGAGUUGGGGUGGCUACCGGCAGCGCCCAGGCCUUUUCCAGGCACCAUCCUUGGAACAGGAUCUAGAGGAUGGUAUGGAGGAUCAAGAGCAAGAGGAUGACCUGCUGGUAAGGGGUCAAGCUGCUGCUAUGGCAGGGCCUACCCUGCUUUCUCACCUCUUUCCUGGGGGUAUGAGGAGAGGGGUUGUCUCUGAGCCAGAAGAAUGGUGCCAGGAUGUCCUUCAGGUGAAGAGGCUGAGGAUGGACAAUAUGGGCAAGAGAGAUGGAGAAACACAAGAGGGAGAGGAUGAGAAAAGAGGGAGAACAAGGAGUACACAGCGUAAGGAUGAAGAAGAGGCGCGAAUCGGAGGGCAGCCACGGAAGGGAAGCAGAGAGGGGAGGAAGCGGCAACGGCAGGAAUUGAAACUUCAGCUGCAGGAGACCAGAGAGAAACUUCUUGAGCUCCAGAAGAAAGUGUGGAAAGCUUACGACAAGCAACAGACACAGGAGGAUCAAAGGAGGGAUACGGGGAAAAGUGAAGGAGAAAAAGGGAUGAUGGAGGCAGAGGAGAUGGAAGAAAUGUUUUUAGAGGAGGGAGAGGAAGAUGAUCAUGCUUUCAACGCGGACGACCUUCUCCCUACAGGCCAUAUCUCCUCCAAGAAACAUUCCCAGCAAAAUAUGAAUGGAACCGGGGAUCUUUCCCCAGAUGAAACUAUAGACUUGGAUGUUGAUUUGGACCAGGACCUGGAUAGAGGGAGUGUGUGGGUCGGGUGUGGUCUGGUCCAUGGGGAAUGGGAGGGUCCGGGUGGGGGACAGAAGUUUGCCCAGGCCCUCAAACAGGAGCUGGGUAGUGCUGUGGCACGAGUUAUUGACCGGGUGAUCCGCCUCUACGCUGACAGUGAAAACAUCCCCCCACCCAGCUCUGCCGCACUGGUCGUCCAUGACCAGCGGAAUGGUGGGUUCGGCUCGGGGUUGGUGAAUAUCGAGGAAGAACAGCGAAGGCCAAGUGGGGCAGCCUUGAGUCAAGCUCUAGAGCAAUCAGAGGCCUCUUCACUGGUUCCCAGCAGACACCAGGAGAAAAGGAACAACGGCCACUCAGGCUUCCCACCCAACAUCCACAGAGGGCCCAUGCCACCCCACUCCAACCCCAACCUGCCCCAUCUCCCUCAGCCCCCUCUACAAGCUCUGUUACCCCCUCGCGCCAAAGAGCCCUUCCUGCCUUCUUUUCCCUCCGGUCCCCCAGGCGUGCCCCUCCCACUCCUCCACUACACCAUGCAGCACCUGUUCGCCCGCUCCCUCUCCAAUAUGCCUCUGCACAAGGACUCCAUGCCCUCUGAACCCUUCCUCGACUUCCGUUCUCACGGCCACUCCUUUCCACCGCUGCCACUGCUAGGGCAGCUGGAACCCCCUCUUUCAUCUUCCGGCCGAGGGAGAGAUGGAGGGAUAAGAGGAGGAGGGAGCGGAGGAGGGAUGGGAGGGUUGGACGGUGGAGACGGAUCCCUUUACCUUGGCGCUGCAUCCUCUCAAGAGGGCCUGUCACCGUGCCACCUGAAGAAAGCUAAGCUGAUGUUCUUUUACGCACGCUACCCCAGCUCUAACACACUCAAAACCUACUUUCCUGACGUCAAGUUCAACCGCUGCGUCACCUCCCAGCUCAUCAAAUGGUUCAGUAACUUUCGUGAGUUCUUCUACAUCCAAAUGGAGCGUUUCGCUCGACAAGCAGUCAGAGACGGGGUGAUGGCACCCAGGGAGGGUCCACUACGUCUGGGUCGCAACUCAGAGCUCUUCCGCAUCCUCAACAUGCACUACAACAAGAGCAAUGACUAUCAGGUCCCUGAGCGGUUCGUGGAGGUGGCCGAGUUGGCUUUGAGGGAGUUCUUCAAUGCCAUCCAUGGUGGACGUGACACUGACCCCUGCUGGAAGAAAUCCAUCUAUAAGAUCAUCUGUAAGCUGGACAGCCCCAUUCCUGACAGCUUCCGCCUGCCUGGGUGCCCCGUAGACACACAUCGAUCGGUGUGAGGCGUGGGAAUGUACACAAACCCCUGGCCGUGUUAUAUGACACUUGUUUUAGCACACAAAAACAAUCUCUCUAUCUCCUUCUCUGGCAUCAUUACACACACACACACACACACACACACACACACACAUACGUAUACUGUACAGGCAUGCAUCUUCACAUACUCUUCUUGUCAGAUCACAAUUUUAAAAUGAAUUUGUCUCUGACUUGACUCAGUAUUUCUGCGAACAAGCCUAUGACCAUCUUAAAUCUAAAUGAACAAACAAGAAGUUUUAGGCUGAAGUCAGUGAAACUUUUUUUCAUUCAGUCCUGCUAUAUAACAGCUGCACACGGGGCUCGGGCAUUGGAUGUUGAGUUAUGGUGUUGCGACAAUGGUCUUAUUUCAGCUGUUGAGUGUUGUGGUCCUCAAAAUUUGAGCUUGCACUUUCUAUCCCUUCACUGAAAGGAGUGGAAAGACGUUGUUGUAUGCUAUUUUGCAUCAUCACAGCAAGACGACUGUCGGAUUGUUUGCAUAUAUUAAGGAUCGUUUGUGAUUUGGCAGGCUUUGUAUGUUUCAAAAAAGCACAUUUUGUCAUUUUGUCAAAAAAAUAAUAUGUAUGGGUGUUUCUAUUCCAAGUUUUUGAGCCUGAUUUUUUUCUGUGAAUUUUGAUGUGAAAAGUCUGUGUAAUAAACAUACAUUUUAAAAGCG